UAAUAGCGGGUGUGAAGUGGAUUUGAACUUGCAGCCGCUGCUGAGAGGUGGAAGAGGUCCGAGCUGCACACAUCUGUUAGAGAGGAGCUGCUGGAACAAGCCUGUCACACUCGGUUGGCUUUGGAAAUUUGUUUUGGGAGAGUUUGAAGUGAUAAAACUAACCGGAGCAACUGGAUCUUUGGAGUCUGUUUUUUCUUAGGAUUAAAGAUUGUGUUGAGAUGAUUCCACACGUCCUCACACACCUGCUCUGCUUCGUGUGUCUGAGCGCUGCUCGUCCUCAACCAGCGCCGCCACCCUCGAUGACGAUGCAGAAGAGCCCGCCUGCUGCGACCGGCUCUCUGGCCGGCCGGGUGGUGCUGCCGUGCCACUUCUCCAUCGCGCCGGCGCUUCCCCACAGCAGUUCGCCCCACGGUCCGUCGUACCCCGCGCUACCCCAAGCUCCUCGCGCCACCCCGAGUCCCACGGAGGAGCUGAGGAUCAAGUGGUCGAAGCUGGAGGAAGCGGAGGAGAAGGUGGUACUGGUGGCGCAGGGGGGCGUGGUAAAGGUGGGGCAGGACUACAUGCACAGGGUGACCGUGCCCGGCCAGCCGCUGUUGCUAGGCGACGCCUCCCUGGUGAUGGAGCGGCUCCGGGCGAGCGAUGCAGGCCUCUACCGCUGUGAGGUGAUGCACGGCAUGGAGGACACCCAGGACACCGUCACACUCAACGUCACCGGUGUGGUGUUUCACUACAGAGCCAACACCAGCCGCUACACUCUGGAUUUUCCUGUCGCUGUGGAGGCGUGCAGAAAUGCAGGAGCGUCCAUCGCUACGCCCGAACAACUCACAGCUGCUUUUGAGGACGGCUUGGACCGCUGUGACGCAGGCUGGCUCGCCGACCAGUCAGUCAGAUACCCAAUCACAUUGCCCCGUCCCGGCUGUGAAGGUAAUCUGAUGAGCAGACCCGGAGUGAGAACGUACGGCGUCCGAGACCCCGCAGAGAAAUACGACGUGUACUGCUACGUCGAUAAAAUACGAGGCGACGUCUUCUACCCCCCCUCCGUCAGAGAUAAGCUCACCCUGCAGCAGGCCCGAGACGAGUGCGUGAAGCAUGACGCUGUGUUGGCGUCUCCCGGUCAGCUGUACGCAGCCUGGAGGUCCGGGCUGAACCGCUGCGACUACGGCUGGCUGUCGGACGGCAGCGUGCGCUACCCGGUCACCGUCCCCAGGCCUCAGUGCGGAGGAAACCAGCUCGGGGUUCGCACGCUCUACAAGUAUGAAAACCAAACCGGCUACCCCAAUCCCAACGACAGGCAUGGCCUUUUCUGCUUCAAGGCUAAACUUCCCGAGCCAACUACCACGAGUCCACCGACGACCCCGGCUGAGAUUCAAACGAGAGCCCCAGAUCCUGUCCCGUAUUCACCGACAGAGGGCCCGCACGCAGACCCACACACUUCCCCUUACGCCACAGCCUCUGGGACCCCCACCCCCACCUCCACCUCCACAUCGGACGACUACGACGUUCGGGAUUUUGACUCCGCCAAUGUAGAGUCGGUGCCAGGUAGAGGAGACAAUUUGCUCCCCAUGGAGCUCCCUCCCUUGCCCACCGCCCACUCUCAGGCACCGCGCCUCGACAUCUCCCAGGGGGGAGACGAUGGAGGCCGGAGGGAGAGCAGCGGCGAGGGAUCCAGCAGCGAGGACGGCUCGAGCUGGACCCCGACACAGACACAGGUAGAGGUUUGGGCGGAAACGGCAUCAAGACCCAGUUGGCUUCUUGGAGCCACCGCUGAGUCGGAGCUCGGGGUGGAAACUUCGAAGCCGUCACAGGUGCUAGAGAUCGCCCCAGAACUCGCCACCCCUGCACCGGCGUGGGAAACCACAUCGGGACCGUCGCAGCUUCAAGGGAUCACUCCAGAGGUCCACACCCCAGAGCCAGGACUGCCAGUCGGGAGCGGAGACGUGGGCCUACAAACAGCGGUUGUUUUCAAAGAGGAUGUCCCCCCUGGAACCACAUCAACGUUUGACUUCGACCAAUCACCGGCCGUUCCUGUAGACGGGCAGUCUUCAGCCAAACUCCACGUCAUCAUCGUUAAUGUGCACGAACGAAACCAAUCGGUUGACACCAUCCUGGGCAUCUUGAACCAGCCGCAGAUGAUCGGCUUCCCUCAGAUCACUGACCUGUCGCAGAUGAGCAGCGAGGCGGUCCAGGGCAGCGAGGCGGUCCAGGGCAGCGAGGAGGUCCAGGGCAGCGAGGCGGUCCAGGGCAGCGAGGCGGUCCAGGGCAGCGAGGCGGUCCAGGGCAGCGAGGCGGUCCAGGGCAGCGAGGCGGUCCAGGGCAGCGAGGCGGUCCAGGGCAGCGAGGCGGUCCAGGGCAGCGAGGCGGUCCAGGGCAGCGAGGGAGGUCCAGGGCAGCGAGGCGGUCCAGGGCAGCGAGGAGGUCCAGGGCAGCGAGGCGGUCCAGGGCAGCGAGGCGGGUCCAGGGCAGCGAGGCGGUCCAGGGCAGCGAGGCGGUCCAGGGCAGCGAGGCGGUCCAGGGCAGCGAGGCGGUCCAGGGCAGCGAGGGAGGUCCAGGGCAGCGAGGCGGUCCAGGGCAGCGAGGCGGUUCAGGGCAGCGAGGCGGUUCAGGGCAGCGAGGCGGUUCAGGGCAGCGAGGGAGGUCCAGGGCAGCGAGGCGGGUCCAGGGCAGCGAGGCGGGUCCAGGGCAGCGAGGCGGUCCAGGGCAGCGAGGCGGUCCAGGGCAGCGAGGCGGUCCAGGUCCAGGGCAGCGAGGUGGUCCAGGGCAGCGAGGCGGUCCAGGUCCAGGGCAGCGAGGUGGUCCAGGGCAGCGAGGUGGUCCAGGGCAGCGAGGCGGUCCAGGUCCAGGGCAGCGAGGUGGUCCAGGGCAGCGAGGUGGUCCAGGGCAGCGAGGUGGUCCAGGGCAGCGAGGCGGUCCAGGUCCAGGGCAGCGAGGUGGUCCAGGGCAGCGAGGCGGUCCAGGGCAGCGGAGACGUGGAUUCUCUCGAGGUUUCUCCCAUCAACCAGCCUCCAACUGUCCGCUUCGUCAAUGGGAAACACGAGGUGACAUUGGAGUCGGAGCUGCCGGAGGAAGCCCGAGGAGAUCAGUUUGAGACUGCCACACCUGUUCGGGUAGAUGAGUUGGAAGAAAAGGAAGAAGAGACGGAGAAGGAGAGCGCGACUCCCUUUGACUACGGUGUCAUAGAAACCCACACAGAGGAGACACCAGAGAAAGAGACACCCACAGAGGAGACAAGUAACAAAGUCCCUCAUCCUGCAGACACGAACCCGGACGUAGUAACAGACCUGGGCGUUGAUGUCUUCACUACCUCAGAGCCAGUAAGAUCUCAAGAACCAGGUGAUCGGACGGCAACGACGACCCCCCAUGUACCUUAUGUCUCGUCCCCAUCGGACUCGGCUUUCUCCGACGAGGACACGGAAGGCUCUGCGAGCCACGAGGCUACAGGCGGCCAAUCAGGCUUCUUCGUCGUGACCGACGAGACAGAAAUUGGCGGGACCGAGCUUCCAACCGUCCUACCCGAGUCCCAGGAAACCACCGCGCAAGUGCAAACAGAAGACUUUGAGGCGUCCGGCUCUGGGGAAGACGAAGUUUCGGGAUCGGGACAAGGCCCGGCAGAGACGCCCGGGUUAACCCCUACGCCGCGGCCGGUUUAUUCCACCCGUCACACCCAGCGGCCUCAAACUUCGGCGAGCGCAACGGACACAGAAGUGCCUCUAGUUUUACCGGCGGUCGACCCGGUCACAGGUGCAGACUCGGGUGCGGAGCAGCUGUCCGGACAGGGUGAGGUUUCUGGGGAUCGGGGCGCUCCGGUUGGCCAUCCCAGAGAGGUCACUGUUACUGUUUCACCAGAUGUGGCAGCUGUGGCUUUUGGACACCAAACCACGCUCACUGCAGACACAACCUCAGAACCAAGCACACCAAAAUAUCCCUUUAGUGCCACGGAUGAGAAAGAUCCCGCUCUUAUCGCAGAGCUUCGCGGAGAACAGACUGAGCAGUCCACCUCAAGCUCCCCGCGGCCCGUAAGCCAGACGACCCUCUCCACCACUUUGCCCUUGUACACUUUCGACCACGACACCCGCUCCGUCCCGCAGUGGGCUCUGAUCCCUGACCCCGCUGCCACGCCCCUACCGGAGGAGGAGUUUGUGGACUAUGACAAAGAGUUGGCACCUAUUCUGCCGGAGUCGCCGCCUCAGAUGCCGGACGAAACCCUCGCCACAGAGCAACCGGAGAGCGACACGUUCUCGGCUUAUUCUGUGGAGGCGAGCACUGCGAACGUCGGAGAUUUCCUGCCAUGCUCGAGCAGUGUGUGUCAGAACGGAGGCUCCUGCUUCAAAAGAAAAGCCCAAAAUAUCUGCUUCUGUGCACCUGGAUACGCCGGGCAGCACUGUGAAACAGAUGUGGAUGAGUGCCAGUCUAACCCCUGUCUGAACGGAGCCACCUGUCUGGACGGAGUCGGCUCCUUCACCUGUGUCUGCCUGCCCAGCUACUCCGGAGAGCUCUGUGAACAAGACACUGAGGUCUGUGGGUUCGGCUGGCAGAAGUUCCAGUCCCACUGCUACAAGUACUUCUCCCACCGCCGGACGUGGGACGCCGCCGAGAGGGAGUGCCGGACGCACGGCUCCCACCUGGCCAGCAUCCUGUCGCAGGAGGAGCAGCUCUUCGUCAACCGUCUGGGCAACGACUACCAGUGGCUCGGCCUCAACGACAAGAUGUUCGAGAGAGACUUCAGGUGGACGGAUGGCAAGCCGAUGCAAUACGACCACUGGAGGCCGAACCAGCCCGACAGCUUCUUCCAGUCGGGAGAGGACUGCGUGGUGAUGAUCUGGCACGAGGGCGGCCAGUGGAACGACGUGCCCUGCAACUACCACCUGACUUUCACCUGCAAGAAGGGGACAGUCUCAUGUGGGCAGCCCCCUGUGGUGAAGGAUGCUCGCAUGUUCGGGGCCGUGAAGCCUCGCUACGAGAUCAAUACCCUGCUCCGCUAUCACUGCAAACAGGGCUUCAUCCAGAGACACGCCCCCACGAUACGCUGCCAGGCCAACAGCCAAUGGGACACGCCCAAAGUCACCUGCACAAGCCCCGCGACCUACCACAAGUCGCUCACUCUCCGGCGCCGCAACAAGCAGAACAACGAGCAACCAAACCGGCACCAUAGCAAUCACAUCCAUCACACCGCGAGUCACCAGAAACCCAAUCCAAACCAAGAGCAGCAGCAGCAGAGUUACAACUUCUUUCAACGCUUCUGGAGCCCUUUCCAGAGGGAGAAGAGGCAACAGCCGCAAACACACAGCGGGGAUCAGAAGAGACACUGAUUUAGAGGUUUCGGGGGGUGGGGGGGGAUUAGCUUAGCAGUGGCAGUCAAACACAGCGGGCCGGUCGAUGCCGGUCCAGAGGCAUCGGUAGACAGGGAGAAGGACCAAACUGUCUAUCAAUGUCUCUCUAAAGGACGAGGGGCGUGUUUCACUAGUACAUUGUCCCCAAAAAAAAACACUCCAGGAUCUGAACUGUAACACUAGUGAGAAGUUUGAUUCAUUUGUAAAGUUCGCAGCCUGGUUUAUAUCAAGUUUACGAAAGAUUUUUGUCCCCUAAAACACUACACUCUAAGAAAUAUCUGUGUAUUAACAGAUGUACAGUACAGGCCAAAAGU